AUGUCUUCACUCAACCACCCGACAAUGGGCGGCCCACAGAAGGAAGGUCCCUCCAGCUCGGAGACCGCUGUUGGAGGCGAGGGAGGCACCAACAUCCAACCCAAGGACACUGCGACCACCGAGACUGCAGGUCAACAGCCAAACACAGCAGGACUGUCCAGUAGCAAGCCAGGCUCUGCGGAAGCUGCGGCCGAGAAGCUCUUUGAGGAGAGGAUGGAGGAUGAAUAUGCUAAGCGGGAAGGCGGUGCUUAG